AGCUGAAUUUGACCCAACCUACCCUGCUAGCGUCUCUAUCCUUACAGCUCGUGGAGACAGUGCUGCCUGCAGCCGACUUACCCAGCUAGGUGUUCCGGGACGCUCACAGCAGUGGAGACCGCGGAGCCAGCCCUCACAGCCAAGAAAUUUUAGCGCCGCGAUCUUACAAAACACCACGCCUCUUCCCAACUGAUGCUGCUCCUCGACCGGCAAACAGACAUCCUUCGUUCAGUCAUGACUGAAGACUGGACUCUUGCUCGCGUUCCUUUCCUGAGACCUCCCUCACAGCUUCCUGCACCGCUCCCUAGCGAAAGAGACUUUCUGGAAUCGCCCACUGUGUUCCGCGACGAUGUGUCCCACCAUCGCAUCGUCGCUGUCGGCACACACUUUAUCGUUAAGCAUGGACGAGGUGUCGAAGAGAUCGAGGGCCAAACUCUGCUUUUCCUCGAACGAUAUCCGAACGCAUCGUUGACGGUGCCUCGUCUCUACGCAAUGUGGCGCAUACCAUCUUCUGGGCAUCUCUGUCUCGUGAUGGAGCGCAUUGCAGGCGAGGACCUAGAAUCUGCUUGGCCUACGCUCACGAGUGUGGAGAAGUCCGUCAUCUGCGCAAAAUUGAAGACUGGCAUCGAUCAUUUACGGACAAUUCCAUCACCAGGCUUUUUCGGUGGCGUUGGUCUCACCAAACUUCCUUACCACUUGUUUUGGGACGCGCAAGGAAACAAAGACGUCUGCAGCCCUUUUCAGAACAACUCGGAAUUCAAUGCAGCGCUUGUUAAUAAGUUGAGAAUGAUAUAUACGGGGAAUGUCGAUCAUGUCAGCGCCAAGGCCAAGUUUUAUGAGAAACAUUUGGGUACAAUGUUUGGUAUACAUCCCCCAGUCUUCUCACACUCGGACCUUCAACGCAAAAACAUACUCAUCAAGAAAAGUGGCGACUCGAUGGAGGUGGCCCUGGUUGACUGGGAAGCCGCAGGCUGGUAUCCGACCUUCUGGGAGUAUGCGAUUAAGUUCUGCACACUAGAAUGGACCGACGACUGGCCUCAAUACCUCGAACAGAUUCUGAAACCGUAUCCCCGGGAGGCUGCGGCACUGCGAAUGUUGUAUCAAGAUCUAUGGUUUUGAAACGGUGGAUUUUCUAUUCGAUGCUACGGUUACGACUGGCAGACAAAUUCACGAAGAGCAAAACGAAAAAACCUAAAUUUUUAGAAAUAACAACAAACCCGCCCUGAGUUUCCACCACAUGAUCUGUCCACCUACAGUACCAACAGUGAUUGAGUAGCGCCACCACCUCUUUCGAUCAGUCCUGCCAAACAUAUUUCUGGGUAGUAUAGUCGUAGUAAUAGUAUUUCUGUCGAGUCUCGUCCCAAGUCCAAGCACUGGUCUGCUGCUGGGCGCUCUGAGCUUGUGUUUGGGACGUGGCUGCCGCUGUAGCUUGGACGGUGGAUUGGGUUUGUGGCACUCCGUUAGGAUAUAGAAGUCCUGAUUGCUCCAGUGCUGGGAUGGCUCUCUGCAA